UACCAAGUUGUUUUGGAUUACAUUUUGUUCUGCGUGUUUUAUACUUUUUUUUUGUUUAUGUAAAUAAAAAUAUUUACGCUCUUGCAGAAAUAAAAUGGAUAAAACAGGUGACAUUUAGCAUAAGCGUAUUCGUUCUGAUGGAUAUGAUGUCGCAUGGAUUUAUUUAGGUGCUUUUUUGAAGAAAAAAAUGAAUGUAAAAUUUAAAAACACCGGGUUUGGGAUUGAUUAGAAUUUGCGUUCGAUGUCUUGUUAAUGUUUCAACAAUUUUUUUUAUAGCUAAGCUACGCUACUCUUUUCCCCAGGAUGCUAUUGGAGCGAUGUCAGACGUCGACGGAAACGGAAGAAUUUUUCAGCCAGAUGUUUGAAAAAGGAGACGUGUCUGCAGGAAUGGCUGCAAUACGGACCUUACUGAAAGUUUUGGAGAAAGAUGAGUCGAAAACCGUGCAAGAGCUGGACGCAAACUUCCAAAUCGCCAUUGACGUGAUGAAGAACACGAACUACUCUGUGACGUCUGUGACGUCGGGCUGUGAGCUCUUCCUGCGGUUCAUAACUCUCGCGAAGCUGGACACGAAGACGUUUGAAGAAUGCAAAGGCAUUAUGUUGCAACGGGGAAAGUUGUUUCUGAAGAAACUGCUUGAGGCAAGAGGAAAAGUUGCGAAAUUGGCAUCAUCUUUCAUCGUUAAUGGCUCUCGUAUAUUGACUCACUCCAGGUCCAGAAACGUGUUGCUUGCGAUGAAGGAAGCAGCCAAGGCAAACAAGAGCUUCGAGGUGUACGUGACAAAGUCGUCGCCCGACAGCAGUGGUGAGGACAUGUGCCGGCUGCUGGAGGAAGCCAGUAUUCCCUGCACGGUGAUCCUGGACUCGGCCGUGGCCUACAUCAUGGAGAAGGUGGACAUGGUGAUGGUGGGGGCCGAGGGAGUGGUGGAGAGCGGGGGGAUCAUCAACAAGGUUGGCAGCUACACCACAGCAGUGUGUGCCAAAGAGAUGAAGAAACCCUUUUACGUUCUCACAGAAAGUUUCAAGUUUGUCAGGUUGUACCCACUGAACCAGCAGGACCUGCCAGAUGAGUUCAAGUUCACACCCAGCUCACGAACCAAGGACCUGAGAAAGCAGCACCCAUUGGUCGACUACACCCCACCCGCGUACAUCACGCUUCUCUUCACGGACCUCGGCAUCUUGACGCCUUCGGCCGUGAGCGACGAACUCAUCAAACUUUACCUCUAGUCACUCUGUCUGACGUCACCCUGUCUGACGCGAGAGAGGAACUAGAGUGGAUUUGUUUUGUACAUUAACAUUAAAAAAAAGACAAAAGUUUA